AUGGCGUCCAACAUCUACUUGGUUCACCAGCGAAUCAGCCGGCUCGGGCAGAGGAUGUCCGCCUUCCAGAUCAACCUCAGCCCGCUCAAGGAGCCGCUCGGCUUCAUCAAGAUCCUCCAGUGGGUCGCUUCCAUCUUUGCUUUUGCCACCUGUGGAGGUUUUACGGGCAAAACAGAAAUUCUGGUGCAAUGUUCUAAAGAUUCUGAAAACAAAACGGUUACAGCUGCUUUUGGUUACCCAUUCAGGUUGAACCAGGCAUCGUUUCAGGUGCCUCCAAAAGUCAACAUGUGUGAUAUCAAAUGGAGUGAUUACGUCCUUAUAGGAGACUACUCUUCCUCUGCAGAGUUCUAUGUCACAUUUGCAGUCUUUGUCUUCCUCUAUUGCAUUGCUGCUCUUCUGCUUUAUGUUGGUUACAUGAACCUAUAUCGAGAUAGCCGCAAACUUCCCAUGAUUGACUUUGUUAUUACUAUUAUUGCCACGUUUUUAUGGUUGGUGAGCACUUCAGCCUGGGCUAAAGCUCUUACCGAUAUCAAAAUUGCUACUGGCCACAAUAUUAUUCAGGAACUUGAGCCUUGUCAUAAGCCUUCAGCAGUGACCUGUUAUUUUGACUCUGUUACCAGUAUGGGAUCCCUAAAUGUUUCUGUGAUCUUUGGAUUUCUGAAUAUGAUACUUUGGGGCGGAAAUGCUUGGUUUGUAUACAAGGAGACAAGUUUACACAGUCCUUCAAAUACUUCUACUGCACAUGGCCAAGGAGGCAUUCCACCUCCCGCUGGAAUGUAA